AAAAAAAGGAAGGCAGCGGGCAAGGCGCCGCCGCUGUUACUUUGCCGCCCGGCGUCGGUGGCGGCAGGUCGGAGGCGGAUUAGCCGGCCGGCCGUCCUGGAGGGCGGCUGGCUGGCUGGAGGGAGGGAGGCGCCGACGCCGCCGGAGCAGCAACAGCAGCAGCAGCAGCAGCAUCCCUCGGGAGCCGGGAGGUGAGGACACCGGCCAGUUUGGCAUCGGCAUUGGCAGAGGGCACCUUGUGGAUGUCACCAUGGAGAAGAAGGAGAACUUUCCACCUCUUAAUUCCCUGAAUGAGUACCAGCCAAUCGUGACAGCUGAUAAAACUGAUCAGAGCGGUGACGCUCAAAAGAAUGGUGGAAACCAAAGAACCAUGCAGCUGAAAAAGGAAAUCUCCCUCCUUAACGGCAUUUGCCUAAUUGUAGGAAAUAUGAUUGGAUCCGGGAUAUUCGUGUCUCCCAAAGGAGUACUUAACUACAGUUCAUCCUAUGGAUUGUCCCUAGUCAUUUGGGCCUUGGGGGGGAUGUUCUCCGUGAUCGGAGCUCUCUGCUACGCUGAACUGGGCACCACCAUCACCAAGUCAGGAGCCAGUUAUGCAUAUAUCUUGGAGGCCUUUGGAGGCUUCAUUGCCUUUAUACGUCUGUGGACAUCGUUGUUGAUCAUUGAACCAACUAGCCAGGCUAUCAUCGCAAUAACGUUUGCCAACUAUAUCGUGCAGCCAGUCUUCCCUUCUUGCCAGCCUCCGUACAUUGCUUGCCGACUUAUCGCCGCUGCUUGUGUAUGUCUUCUAACGUUUAUAAAUUGUGCCUAUGUUAAAUGGGGAACAAGGGUGCAGGAUGCAUUCACCUAUGCCAAAGUCAUUGCUCUAAUUGUCAUCAUCGUUACAGGAAUUGUUAAACUAUGCCAGGGAUACUCAGAACAUUUUCAGGACUCUUUUGAGGGGUCAUCUUGGAACCUCGGAGGAAUUUCUCUUGCACUUUAUUCUGCCUUGUUCUCAUACUCAGGUUGGGACACCCUGAAUUUUGUAACUGAAGAAAUAAAAAAUCCAGAAAGGAAUUUGCCUCUCGCUAUUGCGAUUUCUAUGCCGAUUGUGACAAUUAUCUACAUCUUGACCAAUAUAGCUUACUAUACCGUGCUGGAUAUUAAUGCUAUCCUUUCCAGCGAUGCGGUUGCGGUGACGUUUGCUGACCAAGUAUUUGGGAUUUUCAGCUGGACCAUUCCAAUAGCUGUCGCUUUGUCCUGUUUUGGGGGACUGAAUGCCUCUAUUUUAGCAUCAUCCAGGCUCUUCUUUGUAGGAUCUCGGGAAGGCCAUCUACCUGACCUCUUAUCCAUGAUCCACAUUGGAAGGUUUACACCUGUCCCAGCUCUUCUCUUCAAUUGUACGAUGAGCCUCAUCUACUUGACUGUCGAAGAUGUCUUUCUGCUUAUUAACUACUUCAGUUUCAGCUAUUGGUUCUUUGUCGGGUUGUCCAUUGCUGGACAGCUCUACCUCCGUUGGAAACAACCAGAUCGGCAUCGACCACUCAAGCUGAGCCUGUUUUUCCCAAUCAUCUUCUGUAUGUGCUCGAUUUUUUUAGUGGUUGUGCCACUCUACAGUGACACCGUUAAUUCUCUGAUUGGCAUUGGAAUUGCACUCUCUGGAAUUCCAGUCUACUUCAUGGGGGUCUACUUGCCUGUAUCCAAAAGGCCACCUUUGGUCAGCAAAGUCUUAGGUGCCGUCACUCAGUCCACGCAGUUGCUUUGUUACUGUGUUCUGACAGAAAUGGAUGCUGUUGAAGAAAAAGAAGAAAGCAAAUCUAAUUAAACCUGGAAAAAAGGAAGUAGAUCAACCAGCUGCUUGGAUGAAAGUCUGGACAUGCCAGUGAAGUCCGGAUCUUCUCUCUGGAUUUGGAGACUCUAUCCGGUUGACUUAAUUUGGUUGCCUUUUUUGCUUGUUAAGUUUUGUAAAAACGAGAACGCUCACCAGGAUUCUCAGGCAUAAAUUCACCACGGUUUUUAAUCCGAUGUUUUUAAAGCAGCAAAAUCAAAGGUCUUUAAUGAAAGUGCCCGAAGAUGAGACUAUAUGGACAUUAGACAAUUAAAAAAAACAAUCUUGUCCAACUUACUAGAAUUGAAAAGCUUUGUCAGGUCUACCAAGCAAUCGGUUGUUUAUUCCUGCACUAAUGAUUGUGAUCAGCUAUUCCACUCAAGUGAUUGAAUAUGCUAAGGAGGUUAUCUGCCUUCUGAUCUUUAGAAGUAGUUUAUCUCCAUCCUUCAUCCACGUACAUAGCCUCAAGACGUUCAGAAACCGUUGGUGAUCUCUUCUCAGCUUCAAUUGCUUUGAUCAAAGUAGAGGUUUAGAUGGAAGUGUAUUUUGAGUAGAUCAAAUUGGAGUCAAUUCAACACAGUAGGGUACUAAGUCCAGGGCUUCAAAGCCAACAUUUUUAACCAGUUGAGCAUAAUAAGCACCACAAUUGUUCAUUUGGUUCUCUGUCAACAUUGGGCAUUGGACACGUCAAAUUCACGCUGCUUCAGCUCUCUGAUAUUUUAAGGAUUUUUAUACAGAACCGUUUUUAGUGUAAUAGUUGGACUUGGCCUGAGGAUCUAUCAAAACGUUAUUACUGAGUUCAUAGGGUUAAAAAUGCACAUUUGAAAGGCACUUUCUUUAAUGCAAGUAGAAAAAAAGUUUGUGUAAAUGAUAUAGGAAGAAACUGUGAAGCUAUUUUUUGGGGAAAAUGCAGUUAUCUUGUUUAUGCUUUUUUAGUAUAAACAAGAGAACAGGGAUUCAGCCCAAUGUAGUCCAGCAGUCCACUUGACUUUAUCAGUUGUCUUGAUUGUCCAUUUAUAUCUCCUCACUCUGGGACCACGUUUCCACCAUUAUCAGUUGCAAAUCAAUAGCGAUGAUUUUUUUUUUUAUUAGAAAAGGUUGCUUGGGCCUCAUUAAGGAAAAGCACCCUCAAUUCUGAACGCGCAUCUUGUUCACCUCCCAAGCAAACUAUCUCUUCAGAAGUGUGUCAUGUUGUGUCUUUCUGUGGCUCUUGGUUGUUUCUAGAGGCACAGACCUUGCAAAGAGGCAAAAUGUUAGAUAUGCCCGUCUCUUUCUCCUUUGUAUGCAAUUUGGUAAAACUGAUGGGUGCUAAAGAAUAAAAAUGUAAGUACUCUCACAAUAGAUUACAUCUGAGAAGAUGCUCCUUUAUCAGUUGUGAGUUUUGCUCACUUUUAAUUACCUAGUCUAUGUGCAUGUGUAAAUUUCCAGAGCUUAAUUGUCAAAAUCAUUGGUACUGUGUUCUUGAAUCCAUGUUAUAAAUGGAAGGUAGUUAAAAAAAUACAGAUCUAUACACGAAAUUAUUCUUUUUUUUAAAAUCAAACAAAAAUUGGAUUUGCUUUCAGAUUUGAAUCCAGUUAUAAUCAAUUCUGUCUGUCUAGAAAGAGGUGUCCUAUUUAUUGUAUUGGUGAAGAACCCAGAAAGCAACAGUUUGAAGCUUUGUUUCUCAGUCUUUAUGAAAACCAAAUGAUUUGAAUCCACUGCAUUAGAUCAAAAAUGUCUUGAAAAUGUGCUACAUCCAUUUAUCUUGGUGCUUUUUAAUUAGGUUUCAGUCUCAUAGUGCAAUAGAAAUGUGGCCAAUAAAUGUUUUUAUUUAGUUUAACAGGAUGGCAUUAAAAUUUUAAACUAUACCCUGGAUUGUUUUUAUACUCCAUUCUGCUGUUAAAAAGUAUUUUGUUUUAUAGAAGGACUGAACUGUUUAUCUCCUGACCAGAUCAGUUAGUUGUCACAACAGCAAAUUUUGUAGUUCCUGUAUGUACAAGAACUUUAAAGGAGGGAAAUUAAAAUUCCACCAUGUGGAAAUAAAAAAAAAAUGAGAACAUGAA